AGAAAACUGGCAGUGGCAUGCCCAUUGCAGGCGCCUGGGGCUGCAACUGUGGCUGAUGCCAUGACGUGGAGCUGUUGUCAGACUUUUGCAAGGAGUACACACGAUGGCGCAGGGGCCCUCGGAGGGGUUGGACGGUCACCUUGGACAACUCAGAGACAGGCUUGCGGCAAUCUACACGCAAUUGCCCGCAGCGCUGGUGACAGCCCUCGCCGCCGCACUUUCCGACCCCCCUCGGUUGAUCGACCCCGACGCUCCAGAAGACACACUUCAGGAGUGCGCCACCAGUCUCCUCUCUGAUCUGAUCUCCACGUACAUCGCUGGAGACGAUCUCGCCUUUGGAUCCGACCAAAGUGGCGGUUUCCCAGCCCUCUCAGAAGUCUCGUUUGCCCUCUGCAACGUGGUGUCAAACCCAGCUUUGGGCAAGAGGAAUUCGGAAGAAGCUAAAAGUGAUGGCUUUGAUGCGGGGAACGCCAGCCUGUUCCCACCGGCCCCACCGCAGGGCAAGAGCAAAACGCUGCCCCCUUGGUGUGUGGGGUAUCUGCACGGGAAGCCUAGCCAGCACGAGGCGCGCUUGGCGGACGAGAUCAAGGGCGGGGCGCGCAAGCUGGGGCAGAACCAGGGGAGAAUUGCUGUGAGCAGGGAUGUGGACUUUGGGAUCCAAAGGGCGGCGCCGCAGACGAGCCCUGAACAAAACGACUAUGGGCUCCCAAUCGCCCCCAACGUGCCCCGCUACUUCCGCACGGUGCUCAUUUCGAACCAGGGCUCCAGUGAGGUCAUCCUUUUCGACAUUCGUGCCCUGCCCGAGAUGAAGGACAAGCUGCGGCUCCACGACGACUUUGACCUGGCGGGAAACAACUCGGAGAAGUCUGCCAAGGACGGAAAGCUCGAGAAAGGCAUGGGAGUGAGCUUGGCACCAGGGGCGGAGUACCAAGUGGCCGUGGAGCUGCGGUGCAUCCCCCAGGACGCCGCGCACCUGCAGCAGUGGCUGCUCCUCUCUUUCGUCCCCGCCUCAAUCGCCAGCGCAGCCCUCGAACCCGCAAAGCACGUCUUUGUCAUUGGCCGCCGUAUCUCCGCCGUCAUCGCCAAAAGCCUGGCCGACAUCCAGACCCUUCUAAGCGUGGAAGCAAUCCCGUUCUUCCCUGCUUCCCUCCGCACGUUGUUCGAUACCCCCCCCACCACGUUCCUCGUCGGGCAAAAGCCCGCGCUGCUGGCCUCGACGCGCCUCUUCAACCUCUUAGCGACGAUGUCCCCUCCCCCCGCCUAUAAGCAGUCAGGCGCGCUCUCAUACGAACCGGAGAGCCUGUUCGCACCGGGGCCCACGCAGGACGUGGCACUCUGGCAGCCGCUGAGUGCGAAGACCUCCGGAGAAGACUCGAAAACGAGGUCGAAGGGGGAUAAGAGCACAAUUCGCGAGAACGGCAUAUUUCCAUCUGGGCAAACUCCCCCGGGUUUCCCCACAGGUGCCGUAGGCGACGCUUCCAAUCAACCCGUGACGCCCUUCUCCAUGCCCACUAACCCCGCCUUUAACCAGCAACCUAACCCUUUCUUUGGAAGUUUUCCGGCCCCCGAUUUCGGCCAGUUACCUAACCAGCAACCCGCCCCCUUCAUGAACCAGCCGAUGAACUUUCUUGCCAACCCGCCUCAGCCCCUUAACCCCCAACAAAACCAGUUCUUCAACCCGUUUUUCCACCAGCCAAAUCCCCCUCCAAACACCGCCGUUCACCAACCCUUCAUCCCCCCUCUUAACCAGGCCUUUGGGCCCCAGUUCCCCUCGCAGAUGACCGCCGCCGCUAACCAGCCUCUUAACCCUUCUUAUAACCAGCAGUUCCCCCCACUUGGUUCUCUCCCUAACCCACCGCACAGCCCGUCUGCCGCCCUUGGUUUCUCCCCCCGAGCGCCGCCGAUGUCGCCCCCGCAACUCGUCCCCGCCAUGGAGAUCCAGCAGCUGACGUUCUGGCUCAACGCCCAGAUCGCGCACACGCUCGAGCAGUUCCGCUUCUCCGGGCCGCAGCACGCGUGGCACGUGCAGGAGACGCUGCGCGCGAGCGCUCACGCCUACUUCGACAACUACGUCCGCGAGAGGCAGCUCCAGAUGCGCGGCGGCGCGCCCCCCCGCCCACUGCCGCCGCCUCACUUCUCUCCCGGGCAGGGCCCGUUCCCACCGAGCUCGAUGCCGGGCCCGUUCACACCGGUCUUAGGGGAGGGGCAAUUCACACCUGGCUUGGGGCUGGGGGCGCUCCCUGCUCAACCCGUACCCUUCCCAACCCCGCUCCCGGCAUCCCCGUCCAGUAUCCCCAAGCCUGGUAGUGGGGUGGCAUCUUCUGGGGGCCUCAGGACCCCCUCUCCACAACAAACAGGGGACCGGAAGAGUGUAUCCGGUCCAGGGGGACCGGACCUCGCGUCUGAGCUGGGCCUACCGCACGACCUCUCGCCGGAACCGGGGGGGGUCGAAAGACACUGGGGCUUUGGGGGGGGUUGCGGGUGCGGGGAGCGGCAGCUGCGGCAGCUGUCGCGGUUGCUGGCGAUGGAGGAGACGGCGAUGGAGAAGCACAUCAAGGCGCACGACCUAUACAACGUGCGGCUGACGCUGCAGGCCAAGGCCGCGCCGGGGGAGCCCGCGCUGCAGCUGUUUGCGCUCGAGGUCCCCGGCUUGCCCGAGAACCGGCCGUCCGUGCUGUACGCGGACGUUGUGUACCUGCGCGUAGCGUCCGCGCCGCAGGUCGAGUACGCCGCCUUUGUGUGGGCCGUAGAGAUGCGGCCGUCCCCGCACGUCCUGCUGGCCAUCGCCAAGGACCUGCCCACCGCCGCCAAGCUCCCGGUCAAGAAAACGGGCGGGGAGAAGACCCCGGCCUGGGCGCGGGCGCUGGCGGAGGAGGCCGUGCAUGCCCGGUUCACUUUUGACCGGCUACUGCUCAAGCGGAUGCACCUCGCCCUCGCCAAGGCCGCGCUCGCGCCUUUUCCCCUCCUCCCCUGCGUCUGCUCGCGCGACUCUCCCCGUCAGUCCAUCUCACCUCGAAACCUAGACAACGCCCCAGAUGCGGACCGACGAAAAUGGUCGCCUCCCCCCGCUUUGAAGUCGUCCAGCCCUAAUGGGCUGCAAGAAACUAGAGAUGGCGGGCCAGACCCAGACUGGGCCGACUCGUUCGCCCCAAUCAACGUAAAGCUGAACCGGCAGCAGCGGCAGGCGGUGGGCAGCCUGCUAGAGGGGGCCGGUGGGAGGGGCCCGUACAUCAUCUUCGGGCCCCCCGGGACGGGCAAAACCGUCACCAUGGUCGAAAUGUGCCUCCAGUUGCUCCAGAAGGGCUUCCCCGCGCCGCGCCGCAAGGCCCGGCUGUGCGUGUGCGCCCCCUCCAAUUUUGCGGCGGACCUGGUCUGCAGCGGCAUCGCGGCCGGCGGCAUCGGCACUGACGUCAUGUGGCGCCUGAACGACCCCCGGCGCACGCUCGCCUCGGUCAAGGCGGACGUCGUCAGCUACUGCAAGUACGACGCCGCAACGGGCCUGUUCGCGCUGGCGGCUGCGCCCUCGUCGUACCGUGUGAUCGUGUGCACGUGCGGCGCGGCCGCGCUGCUGCAGGAGCCGCCCCUCGCGGACACCGCCGGCGCUUUUACGCACAUCCUGAUCGACGAGGCGGGCCAGGCGCUUGUCGCGGAGACGCUCAUCGCGUUUGGGCUCGCGCGCGAGGACACCGAGCUCGUGCUCUGCGGCGACCCCCGCCAGCUGGGGCCAGUGGUACAUUCCCCGGUUGCCGCCCAGCACGGCCUGGCGCAGUCGCUCCUCGAGUGGUACAUGAAGGCAGCCGAAAGAGAAGCCGAGACACCUACCCCGAACCCUUCAAACCCCGAGGAGCCCGCCCCCGCGGCCGGCCACACCGACAUCCUCCAACGAAUGUUCCCUAAAGAAAACAAUGGCCCUGCCAGUGCGGAAACUUCGGAAGGUGCGGGUAGCGCGGAGUAUUCACACCGGACGCACGUGGUGAAGCUGGUGCACAACUACCGGUCGCACCGCAAGCUGCUGGAGCUGCCGUCGCGCAUGUUCUACAAGGACGAGCUCGUGGCGACCGCGGAGGAGGCAAUGGUUGAACCGCCUCGCAACUGGGACGAAAUGCAGGGCAGCGACUUUCCGAUGCUCUUCUACGGCGUGCGGGGGCAGCAGAUGCGCGAGGGCGAGGCCCCCUCGUACUUCAACCCGCUGGAGGCGGAGCGGCUGGUGAACCUGCUGGCGGGCCUGCUGCAGCGGGGCAACAUCACCACCGCCGACGUCGGGGUCAUGGCGCCCUACCGCAAGCAGGUCCAGAAGUUGCGGCUGCUGCUGCGCGCGCGCGGGCUGGGCGCGGUGCGCGUGGGCACGGUGGACGACUACCAGGGCCAGGAGGAGCGCGUCAUCUUCAUCUCCACCGUGCUCACGCGGCCGCGCGCGGCGCACGCGGGCGCGAAAACGGGGCCCGACGGGAGCAUCGGCUUCCUGGGCAACGCGAAGCGGUUCAACGUGGCGAUCACGCGGGCGAAAGCGCUGCUGGUCGUGGUGGCGAGACGCGUACCGGGGGGCGGGGUCGGAGAUGGUGCCGCGGUAUGUGCGGCACGGGGGGGACGAUUGGACGGUCACGGAGGGGGGGGGGAAGAGGGGGAGUAUGAGGAGGGGGACGACGAUAUUGCGGAGGCGGUGGGGCGGAUCGCGGAGCUGUCGCUGCUCGGGAUGGGGGACCUGGACCGGCAGUUCCCGGAGGGGCUCGACUCGCAGUAUUCCGCGUUUAGCGAGGAUCUAGAGUGGCGGGUCGUGUUGUGACGGCUCUUGCGAGGGCUAGGCAGCAGGCUAGGUAAAGCAAGCAUUUUCAUACUUCAAAAUACGUAAAAUGAACUGUAGAUCUGGUAGAAUAGGGAUGACAUUGAGUCGGGACCGCAGCGGAUAUAUAGACAGUGCUUUGGAGCUCCUCACCUUGUUCCUCCAGUUACAGAGAAGUUUCUGUUGGCUCUUGUUCUAGCUGAAUCAAGAAGAUGCAUCUUUGCCAUGUCAGCCAUACAAUGCACAG